AUGGGUCGCUCAAGAUCACGCUCCCCUCGCCGAGAUCGUGAUCGUAGGGAUCGCAGCGAGGAGCGAAAAAGGAAGGAGAAGAAGCGACGACGACGGGAUGGUUCCAGCGACACGUCUGAAACUCAUAAAUUGGGCAGUAUUCUACGCGAACGUUCACGUCGAAGUCGUAGCACCAGUAAAGAUAGGGACAGCUACCGGGAAAGGGAUCGAGAUAGGGACCGCGAGAAGCGGAGGCCCACGGUCUCUUCGGAAGUUGAGCGAGAGCUCAUGGGCUCAUUUGACAUCUCUAGUAUAUCAACGGAGGCUCGCGAAUGGCUUGAGGAAAGGAUUGCAGAACAGGUACUCGAGAGGGUAAAGAAAUUGGAGGAAGCUAUGACCGAAAGUCAAAAAAAGACGAGGGCCGAGGUUGAAGCGCGCCUCAGAGCUCAGAUUCUUGGCGAAAUGGAAGAAGAAAUGGCUUCUAUAAGAAAGAGAGAGGAAGCAUCGCGAGCGAAGUGUGCCGCCCUCGAGAAAGAACUAGAGGAAAAGGUUCGCCAAGCCGAUGAAAGCGAAAAAAGGUUUAACGAGGAGCGGCUUGCGAUGCUGGCAGAACGAAGUGCUCUCGAACGUGAACGCCAAGAGGUGGUGAGAGAAAAACAGGAACUUCUCAAGAAUGAACAACUCGCCAUAAUCAAUAAGGGUGGAACAGUGCGGCCUCCUAUAAAGGGAAUUAACGAUCCUUGCCCACAAAGGAAAGAACUCCAAACCGCUCUAGUCGCAAAUUAA